AUGCGACCUCUUUAUGUCAAAAUAAGUAAUUCUAGCAUCAGUACGAGUAAAAUUCAUACUACUCCCUCAUUGCUGUUACCGAAACACGGCUCGGUCGUAGCCCAAUUCAAAUGCGAUACCGGUUUGCUAAGGUUCGGCGCUACUUGCGGCGUGACAACAUCGCUCAUUAGUGACAGAAAGUACAGCAUUGAUCGCUUCUACUCACAUCGGUAGUGGCGGGAUUCAAUGUCGGCAUGUCAUCGGUGUCAUCUCACUGGUGGCACGCCCUAUGAAGUUGACACGAGCUAGUUGCCGUAUACGCCGACCUUCAUCGAGAACACUUCUCCAUACUAUACUGACACCAAAAUUCCAUAAGGUAAAAAUCUCGAAUUGGUGGACAAU